AUGCCGUCGACGACAGACCCAGCAGCAGAACAGAAAGACCGCCUCAUCGCUGCUGUUAAGAAAGAAGUCAAGCAGUUGAUGGAAGAGGCGGUUACACGGAAAUUUGUUCAUGAAGAAAGCGGUGGAGUGACAGCACUAUGUGGUGCUGUGGAAGCCUGCCUUGGCCAAGGAUUGCGAAGACGUGCCCUUGGACUUUUCAAGACCAGCUCCACGACUGCACUUCUACAUAAGAUUGCGAAGCACUGCCCAGAAGCGGCUCUAGUAUCAGCGAGGGUGCUGUCUGCGGAGGGUGCUCCAGCGACCCGUUCUGCCUCCGGCGUCGAACGACGACCAUCAGCCCCGCGUCCACCAUUACACAAGCGAGGAUCGGGCUCUUUACUUGGCUCACAGCCACCACCUACGUAUAGAUAUCUUUGGAUUCGUAUCGCCCUAUUUGAGCGUCAAUUGGCGAAGAUUAUAGAGCAUCUUGUGAAUAAUGCUACAAGAUAUUAUGAAAGGGACGCUUUAGUUGCCGAUCCUGACUAUGGGAGUAUUUUAAGCUCACUCCUCGUUGGACCAUGCGCUUUAGAAUAUUCUAAGGCUAAAGCGCCAGUUUGCUUUUGGACAGACCCACCCGCUGAUGAAUUGGUACAAAGACACCGUAUGUCUGCUGGGACAACCACGCCUCCUUCUGUGAGAAGACCUAUUCUUAACUUUAGGAGGAGUCUCAACGCUUCGUCCGAUGACAAUGCGUCAGUAAAUGGCGGUUCAGGAAAUUCUACCGCAUCUAGUGCCAAAGAUUAUGUAGAAAGUUUACAUCAGAAUUCGCGUGCAACAUUAUUGUAUGGAAAAAAUAAUGUUCGGGUGCAACCGAAAGACGUAGAGGAGGCUAUGCCAGGAUAUUUAAGCCUGCAUCAAUCAGCUGCUGGUUUAAUGAUUAAAUGGACGCCCAAUCAACUCAUGAAUGGUUAUGCUGAAAGCGAAGGGAUUGAUAAAAGUAUUUACUGGGCAAUGUCGUUACAAGUGUGUGUGUGGGAAGUUGUAUACGUCCACGUACAUCGUUCACAAGCAAGUGACGCUCUAAUUCUAGUUGGGCAAGACGGUGUCCAACGUCCCCCAAUACACUUCCCAAAAGGUGGUCAUCUGCUUUCCUUUUUGAGCAAUUUGGAGACGGGGUUACUUCCACAUGGCCAAUUGGAUCCACCGCUUUGGUCUCAACGUGGGACAGGCAAGGUGUUUGGUAGAAACAAAGGCAGAAGACGUCCGAUGCCGAGUCUAUGUGAAAGUGGGGAAAAUGAGGAAUCGGAGGUUGAUGAGGUUGCUGGCGAUUAUGUCUUUCGUAUCGUCAACAACGCUAUUGCAGAUCGGGAAGCAAUGCGCCACUCUCUACUAGAGCGUGUAAUUCAAUCACCUCCACGUACCCCUCGUCGGACCCUGGCCUCUACAUCCACUACAUCAUCAGAUUCCAGCACCAUGUCAGUUGACUGCCCACCUAUUAUUGGGAAUUUAACUCAAACAACCAUCACACAAGUGUCUCUUGAACAGGCUGCCUCCAUAGAGCUUGUAUGCAGCACAAUGCGACGACAAAUAAUCUCCCGAGCAUUUUAUGGGUGGCUGGCGUAUUGCCGGCAUCUCUCCACUGUCCGGACUCAUCUUAGUGGCCUUGUGCAUCCAAAUAUUGUUCCCGGAGAAAAUACCGAUGAAGGACUAACAGAUGCAAUAUGGCGAUCUAUGAUGGAUGAACGAGGAGCCAUCGUUGAUAAGGACGAAGUGUAUAGAUUGGUUUACUACGGUGGAGUACAGCACGACAUAAGGAAAGAAGUCUGGCCGUUUUUACUUGGAUAUUAUGAAUUUAACACAACAUUUCAAGAGAGGCAAGAGCAGGACUGUACGUACCGCCGUCAGUAUGAGACUACGAUGUCUGAAUGGCUUUGCGUUGAAGCUAUUGUAAAGCAAAGGGAUCGGGAGGCGACGGCGGCUUCUAUUGCACGGCUGUCUGAAUCUUCUGGAAAGCCUAAACCUGAAGUUGAGCCUUGCGAAGUCUUUGAAGACGACUGCAGUGUAAUAUCAGAUAAUCCACCAGUUGUAUCACCAGAACCAAGCGAAAACGAACAGAAAAGACUUGAGGUCAAACCUGUGCUUUCUCGAGCUCCAAGCAUAGACGAAGUAGAUAAUAUAGAGUUAGAUGAAGAAAAGAAUGAGAACGGAGCCAAGAUUAACGGAGAGACUGAUACUUGUGAAGAUAUAACUUUCGAUGAUGAUGACGAUGAUGAAGUUUGUAUUAAAAGUGUUGUGGAAAAUCCAGAUAUGAGAAGAGAGAGUAUUGCAGAAAUUAAAAGAUUGGCAGAAGGAAUCGUGCAGAAGGGAGAUGGAAGAGGUUUAUUAUGUAGUGUUGACAGUGGAAAUGCUAAUCUUAAUGGAAAUGAUAAUAAGUCAAUCGAAGAACCGGCACCGAGUCAUGCGCAUAGUGUUAUUGUUACAAAUCCAUCUGUAGAUUUGGCUGUUACCGGUGGAUCUCCUGCUUCUGGAGGAACUACAGUAACUUUAGCGCCAGCAAGCCCAGCCCGUAGUCCUUUGGGUGUUCUUCGUGAGGAGUCUCAUUCAGCUGGUGCCUCCUUUGACACUCUAGAUCCGGAAUCUCGACCUGACAAUCGCUCCAACUGUGUAUCACCUGCCAGUUCUAAUGGAGGCGUUUAUUCGAAUGAACUGGUAGAGAGUUUUGCAUUAAACCUCCAUCGAAUAGAAAAGGACGUUCAGAGAUGCGACCGGAACUAUCCCUUCUUUACGGAUGAAAACUUGGAUAAAUUGAGGAAUAUUAUGUGCACAUACGUCUGGGAACACCUCGACAUGGGCUAUAUGCAGGGGAUGUGUGACUUAGCAGCCCCGUUGUUAGUGAUAAUGCGUGACGAGGCAGUUGCGCACGCGCUCUUCGCCCGACUCAUGUGCAAAGCCAAAGACAACUUCCCUUCUGGACAGGCAAUGGAUGCCUAUUUCGCUGAUAUGAGGUCUCUGAUCCAAAUACUAGAUUGUGAGUUGUAUGAAUUGAUGCACGCACAUGGAGACUACACACACUUCUACUUCUGCUACCGCUGGUUUUUACUUGACUUCAAGCGGGAACUUCUGUAUCAGGAUGUAUUCUCAGCGUGGGAGCUAAUAUGGGUAGCGCGUUAUGUGGCGUCAGAGCACAUGGUUCUUUUCAUAGCUCUGGCAUUAUUAGAAACCUAUCGAGAUGUAAUACUCGCAAACUCUAUGGAUUUUACAGAUAUCAUCAAGUUUUUCAACGAAAUGGCCGAACGCCACGACGCGUCAGCAGUCUUAUCGUUAGCUAGGGACUUAGUCCUUCAAGUUCAAACGCUUAUAGAGAAUAAAUAA